CAUCACUCGUGCUCCUGGCGCGUGCAUUAAGUUGCUAGGUAGUUUCGGAAGACAGAGUAAAGACAACGAUACGAAGAACAUCAACCGCUUAUUGUAAAAAAAAUAAUAAUAAUAACAAGGUUCCGCUGGUCUAAAUUUAUUUUCCCUGGUAUGCAGAGACGCUUUGUUCUUCUGCUCUUGGCUGCACCUUGAGCCUGAACAGUCCUCACAUGGCCUCGGUGGAGCGUAAGCAGGAAAAGCAGGGACCCUUCUACCGUGGUUAUGGCAUCAGAAGACAGACGAGUGCAGAGAUAGUGACCGAAGCCCGGCGUUCUCUCAGGACUCUUCAGACACGCCGGCCGUUCACGCCGAGAGAGGAGCAUCGCCAGCUUUUUGGAGGAUCUGCUCGCACACGUGAUGGAAGGCCGCCAUCUUCAUUCAGCCUUCAUGCUCGGAAUUUCGAUGCGCCCGAUUCCAGGCCGAAUUCAGGGACCCGACUCUCGCCUCUGGAACACAAAUCUAGGUUCCCAGUUUCACCGGACGAAGACUGCAGCAAAGGUGUGCCCAAACCUCCAGCUGAGCAAAAGGACAAAAGAGGAGGAGCUGGAGGAGGAGCUCGGACAAGGCUCGUCAGAGCAAGAUCGCUUAUGAUCAUACCCUCUGUGAUGCAACAUGAUGCAAAUGAUCCUCGAACCGAAGGUGUUGAUGAAGCAAUCUCGAGCACGAAUCCACCCCAGCAUGAGCCUUUCCACCUACAUUCCAGUUCCAAACAAGAAAAGAUGGAGCAAUCCUCCAAACACAUACCAAACAAACACAGACCAAACGAACACAGCAGAACUCCACGGCCCAGCAGUGCUGACUUAUCUCCAGGAAAAGGAACAAAAAGAGAUGCUGAGCGUGGCCGCAGAGACUCGACAGGAAGUGACGAGACCGUCUUCUGGACCUCCGAGGUGCUUCCUGUGCUGGAGAUGUUUGAGUCGGUUGCUCUAGGAGGAACUGUGUCAAAGGAGACCAUGGAGCGCCUGUGUGACGCCUGCACCGGUCUCCAUAACGUCCUGUCAGAGAACGGCAUGCUGGGAAAGCGGUUUAAGAACAGGUCCUCCGUUCUCCGUGCGCUGUUCCGACUGAUCGAUUUGGGAUCGGAUCGUCUGAACCUGACUCUCGCCAAACUCAUACUGGAGCUCGACGUCAGCGGAAACAACUUGCUAAACAUUUGCAAGCUCGUCUUUAAAAUAAGCCGGAAUUCCAAAAACGACUCCCUGUUCCAGGACAACGGCGUUAUAGAUUCCCUCCUCUCAGUGAUCCAGCGUGAGGAUUUUAGCAGCAGCGGAGAGAUUGUUCUGUACUGCACAGGCUCCCUGAAGCUCCUCUCAGGAAACAGCGCCCUCACCAGGCUGCUCCUAGCUAAAGACUUCAUCCCAGUCUCGCUCCAGCUCUCUCAGCAUCUGAUCCAGAUAACUGACCCUAAAGCUUCACCUACACCGGAUCAGCACAACAUCUCAGGACAUAUUCUGGUGCAGGUGACGGCGGCGCUGAGGAAUGUGGCCGACUUGUCCGAGUCCCGUGCUGCAUUUUUAUCCAGCAGUGUCUUCUCCACGCUGUGCGCAGUCAUCGAUCGUCACCGAGAUGACCAAGACGUCUGCCUUAACGUAGCAAGGAUAUUUAGCAAACUGUCCUCUUAUGCCGAGUGCUGCUGUGCGCUAGCCGAGACCUCGAGCUGCUACAGGCUAUUUUUAGCUCUGUUGUGCAAACACAGCAGGAAACAGGCUCUGGUGGUGCGUCUCCUCUUCACGUUAGGAAACCUAGCAGCAAGGAGCGACCAGGCCAGACAGAGAAUCUGCGAGGAGGAAAGAUCCAUAGAUGUUCUCUUAGAGCUUUUCCAGAACUACCUGCGAGUCCCCAGGGACAAACCGGACGAGGACGAGGACGUUCUGAUCAAGCUGAUCCGAGUGCUCGCUAAUCUGUCCAUUCACCCCGUCAUAGGCUCGGCUCUGGCGUCUAACACACUGUGUGUGCAGCUACUACUGAAAGUGAUGGAGGUCAGGUCCGUGGAGGAGAGCGCCGAGUUAGUUGUAAAUGCUUCAACUACCAUCAACAACCUGUCCUUCUACCAAUCAGAGAGCUCCGUCAUCCGAGUCCAGCACAAACAUGUCUCUGAAUUGUUGCUCAGGCUGCUAUUAAGCUCCAACAUGGACGCAAUGUUAGAGGCUACACGUGUGUUCGGGAAUCUCUCUCAGAUUGAAGAAGUGCAGCGGUUUAUCAUCAGAAACAAAGUACACAGGUUUGUUGUGGCUCUGCUCGACUCUAAGAACCCUGAUGUGUGUUUCUCGGCUUGUGGAGUCCUCACGAACCUCUCCGUAGAUCCCACCGGCAGAAGCGUGAUAAACCAGGAAGGAGCCGUACACAAGUUGAUUGACUGCUUGCGGGAUUUUGGGCCUCAGGACUGGUUUCUGGCUGCUCAGGUGUGUCAGACACUGUGGAACUGCACCGACGAAGCUGAGGGGAGAGAGGAGUUUGCACAAGAGCUGCUGGAGAUACUGUGUCUUUAUUCAGACCAGAAAGCUUUGCAGUGGCCCUCGAGUGACGAUAUAAAGGCGUACCAGGAGGCAUGCUGGGAGCUGGAGUUUUUACCCGUUGCUGAGAUGCUGAAGAAACGCAUGAGGAGAUACGCAAACCUCCCGGAAACCAUCUGCGACACUUCCUGAAGAAAUAAUCCAGGGUAUAUAUAUAUAUAUAUUUAACAGGAAAAAUGAAAAUAUUUAAUAAUAAAGAUCCAUGACCAGAGGAGUGAUCUCAAAACUCUUUAUUAUUAAAGAGUGGACACAGGACAAUUUAUUUAUUUAUUUUUUUACAACAAAAAUGAUACAACAUGGCACUGCUUCUCCGUCUCGUUUAACCUUCCUUUAAACAAACAAACACACAUUACUGGUACCAUCUGUGACCACAACAAUGACCUUCAACAACAACAACCACCUCAGAGCUGUCCCUCAAGAGAAGGAGGAACUCAAACACAACAGAAACAUUAUUUAUUAUCAAUCCAAAUGAAAACGUUAGUACUUGACGCAAGAGAAAAGCGGAAAAAUGUUACAAAAACAAGAAUGAUUUCCUCUCCUCCUCUGAGGACAAGUUCAGUGUGUGUGUGUUACUGCAUAGCAGAAUCCCAUCCUCUACUAGCCAUGUUGUGCAUGGUGUGUGUUAACGUCUCCACGUAUUUCGAUAAUAACGUAGCAUUGCUAUAAGUAAAAAAUCUCAAACGUACAUUCCAUAUCAUUUUUUCUUG